CAAUUCCAUAUAGCUACAAAUAUAUGAAUGUAUCUAUGUUUAUGUGUAGAAAAACGCAUUGUCGCGACAGUUUGUGUGCGUGCGUCCAAACAUUACGCUGGUACUGAGUUUUAAUACUAAUUCCCAACAACAGAUUUUUUUUACAAGAAAUUUUUCACAGAAAAAUUUUCACAUUUGUCAAAAUAGACAAGCGAUACGAAAAUUAAAUAAAGCGUCGUGUGUGUGGUUCAUUUUGGAUACACUACUGCUGCCGUAUAGCUGGAACAUCGCUGCAACUUCUACGCCAGCCACAUUUAUUACUUGGCACCAGCUGGUGCUGUAUAGCAUUUUGUGUAUAAUUAAAAGAGCUGGCUAAGCAGAAAUGUGUGUAAAACAUAAUUUCUCAUAACAGAAGCUUAACGCAAGCAUUGAAAAGUGGUAUUUGUGUCAGAAGUGCAGCAAAAAGUUAAGAAAUCGCAGCAAGAAUGCACGCCGAGCACUUGAAAUGGUGAAGAUGAAAUGUGCUAUAAGAAAAAGUCUGUAAAUAUGUUGUGAAUGUGUAAAAGUUUUGAACAAAAUAUUCAACAACUAGAAUACUCAUCUUUUUGAUGAAAAAUAUGCACACCAACUGGGGGUGAUUAAUAUUUAUCUCAUAAAUAUCUGUUUAAAAUUUUAUCAAAAAAAAAAAAAAAACAACACGAGCAUUCCAUUUCACUGCAAGCUGUCAAAAAGACGAAAACAAUAGUCAGCCAGCCGAAGGAGCGAAACAACGUACAUCAAACGAAAAAGAGAAUUUUCAUGUUUAGUGCGAGAAAUGGAAUUUGAAAAAAAAGGUGAAAUAAAAAUAUAUAAAAUUGAAAUCAAAUGCAAAUUGCGAAAACCGGGGGGAAAAAAUAACGAAGCCAUAACAAAAUUGCGCCAAUCAGUAGUGAAAAGUACGAGAUGCGUCAGAAAAAUAUCUAAAUAAAAGCAAUUUUCCAUGGAAAAUACGUAAAUGCGAAGUGGAAACCUCGUUAAAAGCAUAUACAAAUCACAUUCAAUCGAAUGAAGCAGUCAAAGCAAAACGUGAAAAAAAUAAUUGGCAGCGGAUAGAAAAAAAGUGUCAAAGUUGAAGUCAAAACAAAACAAAACGACGUGCAAAAAGAAAGCAAAAAAAAAAAAAUAAAAAUAAAGGAAAAAGAGUCAGUGUUCAACGGGAAGUGCAAAAGCGAAUGAUACGCGUAGUGAAGAAGUAGUAGAAACAGAUUGUAGUAGUUGUAUGUUUGUACGGGUGUAUGUAGUUGUGGCUUGUGGUCGAAACGGUUAGUCGGGUUGAUUCGCUGCGGAAAAUCCUUUGUUUUCACUUUAGUUUUUUCUUCACCCAAUACUACAACAACACAACAAAAAAUAUAUAUAUUGAAGCUAUAAGCUCCUGUCAAGUUUAAAAACCACAAUACCGUUGCAUGCGCGUGCAUGUGUGUGUGCGUGUGUGUGCGUGUGUGUGCGCGCGCGUGAAAUUCUACGGAAACUACGCUUUGAGUCGUCAACACGCAUAAGGACCAAAUUGCAUUUUUGCAUAUUUUGUUUUGUAUGGAAAUACCCGUCGAAAACGCCACGAAAAUGACAACAACAACAACAACAACAACAACACUAAGAACCACCAGUAAGCUACAAACGUCGUAAAAACGUGCAAACACACACUGCCAAUCAAAGAUAUAGCGCGAAAAAAUACCCACUGACACCGCGACCAAGCGUCAGCUAAAUACGGCCUUUAUAACGGUAAAUGCCAUAGUAGCCCAUUUUCCAGCCGAUUUUCCCUUCAUACGCGAAGCAGACACACGAUACCCAUUAGAGGAGCAGCAAGCAAUACCAUACCCACUUGUGUCCUUUGCGUUGUGUUUGUGUGAUUGCGGCAUCCACCGCCGGGUUUUUUGCGAAAAUUCGGUAAUUUCCCAUACGCGCGUAGUCAGUCUCGUGUAGCCUUGAAACCGCAACGCACAAUUCGACCGUACGGUAUUUCGCGCAGUUAGUAGUGUAAACAACGGUUGCAUUCAAUUGAAUUGUGCAGUCGGUUAAAGGUCUCGCUUAGCAGUUCUACGGUCUAUCACGUUGGUGUACGUACAGCUAAACAAGCAUUUUAAUCUCUGCAUACGUGUAGCAGCAGGUGUCUUUUUUGUUGUUGUUGUAUCGGUUCUCAGUGAGAACGUCAACUAAUCUAUUGAAAUUUAAAUAAAGUAGUAAAGCGUUGGCAGCGACGAGGCGUCGUAAAAUCGUGUUGAUGAACUGCAAUUUAAUAAUUUCGCUUAAAAACUUUUUUGUUGUUAUUGCUGUUGCCGUUGAACAAUAAUGUCAUCAAAAUGUGGAUUAAACCUGAUUUUCGUGUCGAUCAUUUUCAUUAUCAUCGUAAAUGGCUACGCAAAAGACAUUUCCGGAAUUGAAAGAGCACAUCGUCGACUCAACGAAUACAUAUCGCACUAUGAAGAACUCAACUAUGAUCAUAAACAUAUACACACUAGUCACAAUAGAGCGAAACGAUCCGUGACCAAAGAUCAUCAUGUAGAUUUAAAAUUUUCAGCACACGGAAGACACUUCCAUCUUAGGCUAAAACGUGAUUUAAAUACAUUUAGUGAUAAGCUAGAGUUUUAUGAUAGCAACAAUCUCCCCCUAGAUGUGGCCACCGAUCACAUCUACGAGGGCGAAGUGAUAGGGGAUCGUAAUAGUUAUGUAUUUGGUUCCAUACUGGAUGGGGUAUUCGAGGGUAAAAUAAUAACGGAACGUGAUGCCUAUUAUGUUGAACAUGCCAAGCGAUAUUUUCCAACAACAACAACAAACGGCACGCAAACGCUGCCAAUGGCACAACGACGCGUUGCCCAACAAUACACGGCAACAACUACGUCUACAACAGCAACAAUAACGACGACGACGACGACGACGACGACGACGACGAGUUCAACAGCAGCGUCGCCAUUAAAACCAACCACAACAACAACGUCCAGCACGUUGACGCCAGCGACAACAGAGACGACAUCAAAAACAUCUCCAACGUCCGGCGGAAAUCAUAAAAAUGGACAAACCGAUGACAAUCGAGGCAGUGGCUUCCAUUCAAUCAUCUACAAGGAGUCGCAUGUCGACGAUGCUUACAAGGACAUGCGUGAAGGACAUGUUGCUGGUUGCGGCAUCACGGAGGAGGUCUCCCAAUGGAUGGAGAGCAUACAAAAUUCCGCUGUUGAAGAGUUGCCCGAGCCGAUGUCGAAGGAUGAUGUUACGCAACAACAAAAACUGCAGCACAAAUUAAUCAAACCCAACAGCGCGCGCAUGACACAAUCGCAAGAUGUGGCAACAGAACAAGAAAGAGAUAAAGCCGCAUUACCUACAAAUAAGAAACACAAAAAGACCACUGCCGCGUCAGCAACAGCAACAGCCUCAGCAGUAGCAGUAGCAGCAACAGGAGAUACAAACAUGCCACAACGUCCACCGAAAAAAUACACCAGUCAAGCGAGCACAUCAACGUCAACAACGCCACCAACGAAGGGUGGCAAAUCGAAGGCUGCUGCAGAUACCACCGCCAGCGCCGCGGCACUAGGCGAUGAUGACUUCAAAUAUCCUUAUCAAAAAUACUCUAAAGAUGCUAAUUUUCGCUUCGAUGGCUAUGCUGCUUGGCGGCCAUCGUCCACUGGUGAUGAUGAUGUUUAUGGCAUGCCAAGUGGCAGUAGCGAUGGCGGCAGUGGUUUCUCUGGCGCAUUUUAUGAUCCGGAAACGGGCCGCAAGUAUACGCCGCAAAAUAUGGAUCGCGAUGAAUGGCAUGCCAAGGUGCAUGAGCGGGUACGACGCGCCACUGCUGCUAAUCCGAAUGAGAAUAAGAAUACCUGUUCCCUAUACAUACAAACGGAUCCGCUGAUAUGGCGGCACAUACGCGAAGGAAUUGCAGAUCACGAUCGUGGCCGCAAAUAUGAGAUUGACGUGAAGACACGCGAAGAGAUUACAUCAUUAAUCGCACAUCAUGUAACUGCCGUUAAUUAUAUUUAUCGUAAUACGAAAUUCGAUGGACGUAGCGAGCACCGCAAUAUACGAUUUGAGGUGCAACGUAUUAAAAUCGACGACGACUCCGCUUGUCGCAACUCAUACAAUGGUCCGCACAAUGCCUUCUGCAAUGAGCAUAUGGAUGUGUCGAACUUUUUGAAUUUGCACUCGCUGGAGGAUCAUUCGGACUUUUGUUUAGCCUAUGUGUUCACUUAUAGAGACUUCACCGGCGGCACGCUGGGUUUGGCUUGGGUAGCUAGCGCCUCUGGUGCUUCUGGUGGCAUUUGUGAGAAAUUCAAGACUUACACCGAAACUGUCGGUGGGCAAUAUCAAAGCACAAAACGCUCGUUGAAUACGGGCAUCAUAACAUUCGUUAACUAUAAUAGUCGUGUGCCGCCGAAGGUGUCACAGCUGACGCUGGCGCACGAGAUCGGGCAUAAUUUUGGCUCACCGCACGAUUACCCACUGGAGUGCCGUCCUGGUGGCUUGAACGGCAAUUACAUCAUGUUUGCUAGUGCCACGUCGGGUGAUCGGCCGAACAAUUCGAAGUUCUCACCUUGUUCCAUACGUAACAUCUCUAACGUACUCGAUGUUUUGGUCGGCAACACAAAGCGCGACUGCUUCAAGGUGUCGGAGGGCGCUUUCUGUGGCAAUAAAAUUGUGGAGUCGGGCGAAGAAUGUGAUUGUGGCUUUAACGAGGAGGAAUGCAAGGACAUUUGUUGUUAUCCACGCAUCAUUAGUGAAUAUGAUAUAUCGAUGAAUAGCUCUGCCAAGGGUUGUACACGUCGCGCUAAGACGGAGUGCUCGCCAUCACAAGGUCCUUGCUGUCUCUCGAACUCAUGCCAAUUUGUACCAGCGAACAAUCAUCAGAAAUGCAAGGAGGAAACGGAAUGUUCUUGGUCGAGCACAUGCAACGGCACCACAGCCGAGUGUCCGGAGCCGAAGCCGCGUGAUGAUAAAACAAAAUGCAACAAUGGCACAGCGCUGUGUAUACGUGGCGAGUGUUCGGGCAGCAUUUGCUUGCUGUGGAACAUGACGGAAUGUUUUCUCACCUCACAAGCGGUGCCGCAUGUCGAUAAACGUCGACUGUGCGAACUUGCUUGUCAGAAUGGCAACGAUAGUGGCACUUGUCGCAGCACUAGUGAAUUUGCACACCAAUUCGGCCUGCCCGAGGGUGGUAUUAACCUACGACCCGGUUCGCCUUGCGACAACUUCCAAGGCUAUUGUGAUGUUUUCCUCAAAUGUCGUGCUGUGGAUGCAGAUGGUCCGUUGGUGCGACUGAAGAAUUUAUUGCUCAAUCGUGAAACGCUACUGACUGUGGCGCAAUGGGUUACGGAGUACUGGUACUAUGUAGUUAUUAUGGGCGUGGGCUUUAUCAUUGUGAUGGGCAUUUUCAUUAAGUGCUGCGCUGUGCACACGCCUAGCUCAAAUCCGAAGAAACGACGCGCGCGACGCAUUAGCGAGACGCUGCGUGCGCCUAUGAACACGCUGCGGCGCAUGCAACGUCAUCAUCAAGGACGUGGCGCCGGGCCACGUAGCAUACCACCGCCUGCGCACGAACAGCGUGGCGCCGUUGCUGCUGGUGGUCAACAUCAUCGCAGCGCGCAUCCUCAUCACUGGGAUCGUCAUCAGGGUGGUCACUCGGUGGUGCCGCUUCCAACAGGUGGUCCACAUAAUAGUCAUCAUCACGCUGCUGGUGGACGCACAUCGGCUAGUGGCGCUUCGGCGGCUGCUGUUAGCAGUCGUGCCGCAGCUAAUGGACGCAGUUCGCGGCCAUCAACACGUCCUACAAGCGGCACACGCAGCACAACACAUGGCGGGUAUGCAGAUGCGCCACCAGCUGGUCUUAUAGUUGGUGGCAUACCCACCGGUGUUGGUGGAACUAGUAAUAGUGUUGGUGGUGGUGGUGGUGUUAUGCCAAACAGCGCGCUGUUAGUUAGCGGUGGUGGUGGCAAUGGUGGCGCUGUUGUAGGUCCCAGCGCGGGCGUGAUAGCGCGCCAACAAAUGCCUCUGCCACUGCCGCCCACCGGCGCGGUACAAGCACAACAAUUACAACAACAACAGCAACAACAAGUGCAGGCAACACUAACGCAAGCAUACUAUGCGCCGCCGAAAGCACCAGCCGCCAAACGAAAUAAAUCCCGCAAUCCAGCCGCUCACACCUCGGCGGCCGCUGCGGUUAGGCGCUCUACAAAAGAGUCGCCACAGCGCGCUAAACAGGCCGUCGCGAAAAAACACCGCAAGGUCGUUUACUGAACCUACCGAUCUCCACAACACGACAAAAGCUAUAUAAAAAAUAGAUAUCUGUAGAUGUCUUUCCACGUUUUCAUUCUCACUAAAUUGGUAUGACACACUCUCCAAUCCCUUACAAUUUCAUUUAUUUGAAUUUUUUCACUUCCACUAUUAACAACUUUGUAACUCUUUGAAUUUUUUUCUCAUAACAAAUUUCCAAAAAAA